UGGCGGCUUCGAUUCCCAGUUGAGGUUGGCGCACUAGUGGCGGAGCCCCGUGCUGGGGUUGCAGCCACGGUCAACCAGGCAGGAGUGAACAACGGGGUCCGCCUGUCCCCCCUCGCAGCGACCCAGAGACCAACUGGAUGCGACGCAAUUGGCGCUCCCUUGCAUCCAGGUCCCGAUGUCACAUACGACCGCUGCAACGGGCUCGGGGGCCUGCUGAUUGCCGCGUAGAAAAGACUCGAGGUCGGCCGUCCACCGGGGCCGCCCUGCUCUGUCCUGCGCUGCUUCUGCUCCCUGGAUUUUCAUCGCCUUUGCCUAGGGUCCAGUAUGACGAUGGCCCCUCUGCUCGAAGCCUCCAGCCGCCAUCCUGAACCCAAUCAGCCAUCCACAUCCUUGGGACGUCGUCUAUCCGGAUCCACGCCCCGCACCUGCAGGGAGAGUACCAUCUAGCUGGGACUUGGGGUGGCGGAGCGGACCAACAGUGCCACUGUCCUGGGAAUGUCACAGGGACAGUUCGACUAAACCCAAGCACGAGAAAGAAACAGACUCAAAGGAAGAAAGGCGUCGAGGCCAGACGACCAAGGGCCAGCGAGGGAACGGGAAUAAGGGGCCGCCAAGAGGAAAGCGAUAAAAUAGGCAGUUGACGGAAAACAUGCCGUGCAACACUGUCGCGCCCUCUCCCGACAGAUCGACCCCCAGCCCGUGCAUAGUCGAGCGUGUAGCCUCCAAGGUCACGGAAAAGACCCGCGCGAAACAAUAUCGACGCUCGCCAGCUCCUGAUGCGCCACCGGGGCAUACCGUUUCGAGGGAUCCGUUCCCUGUGGGCGUGGUAGAGGCUUCGGCGGUUGAGUUUGAGGUGGACGACAAGGCGAGCAUUCAUGCUGAGAGCAUAGGCCACAAUACCGACAUGACCAGCAUCGCCGAGGACCUAGAGCCUUCGAAUGGCCGCGACUCGACGGAUGGCUCGCUCGACGAUGACGAUGAGGGCUAUGGCGACGAGGAUUUUGACGACGAUGGCCUAGCCUCGCUCUACUCGCCAAGUCGGUUCGGCCGUGGGGUGCCGGCGCACUUUCGUUCGCACGAGGCGGAUCGAUCAACCAUCAACUCGUCGGCGCGCUCGUUGUACGAUGGCGACAUCUACUACACAAUGGAGCACGGGCGACGGUACUGCGGAUCGUACUACAUGCCCAACGACGACAGCGAGCAGGACCGGAUGCGGAUUCUGCACCAGGUGUUUAUGCUGCUCGGCACCAUGGAGCUGACCACGGUGCCGCUCGACGACCCGACCAUGAUACUCGACAUCGGAACAGGCACCGGCGAGUGGGCCGUGGGCAUGGCCGAGCGCUACCCGGAAUGCGAGAUCAUCGGCACCGACAUCUCGGCCGUCCAGCCCACUUCGGUGCCCUAUAAGGUCUUCUUCGAGCUCGACGAUGCCGAGGUCGACUGGAUGAGGCCCACGGACGCCAUGGACCUCGUGCACCUGCGCGCCAUGAGCGGUGCCUUUUCCGACUGGAGCUUCAUCUACCGCCAGGCUUACCAGUGCCUCAAACCCGGUGGCUACAUGGAGAUUAUCGACUUUCACGACGAGACGGGCUGCGCCGGCCUCAAGCGCCACUUCUCCCCCGACUCCCCCGUCCACGCCCUGCUGCCUGCCCUGGAUGAGGCCGACGGCCUGUCGGGGCGCGCCAGGGGCUGCGGCCACAUGGACCCGGAUCUGCUGUCGGCCUGCGGUUUCGUCGACGUCAAGGUGCGCGACCACUCGGUCUACGCCAGCCUGGUCCAGCAGGCGCCCGCGUCCGGGGGCGCGGCGUCACCACCGUCGGCGCUCGGCAAGUUCUGGCUCGUCGCAUGCCUCUUCAGCCUCGAGGCCGUCACGCUGCGGUUGCUGACCAAGUACGCGGGCUGGAGCGCCGAGCGGGUCGUGGAGGCGUGUGAGGAGAUCUGCGGCGAGCUCAAGGCACUGGCGUGCGCUCCCGACACCGGGGCCGACUUUAGGAUUAGGUAUAGGGUCGCGACUGCCAGGAAGCCGUCCGAAGCUGGGGCCUGAUAGGGAUACACAAGCCCAGCGGUAAUGAGGGGGGAAGAUGUGCGCGGGUGGGAUCUUACUUUCUAGCGUAGGCGGUGGUGUUUUUGUGCUCCUUGGCUCUUUUUGAAGUUGGCUGUUUCCAAGGGCACGAUUGUGAUGAUGCUUGGAUAUACCCUUAUUUUAUCGCCUUUCUGAGUGGCUCUGGAUUUGUUGGCGUAGAUAGAUUAAAAUUUUGAUAUCGGACUAGGUAUGAGUGUCUAUACAGUUUUAACGACAUCAACAAGAACAAUACUGUCC